AUGAGUGGUCUGGAUUGCUCUUAUAUAGAGGUUCCUAUUAGAGCAUCAUCCAUUUCCAGUUUGGAUAUUAGAAUACCUGAUCAAGGGAAUCACCAACUCUCAGGGACAUUUAAUGGAAUAGCUCAGUACAAUAAUGAAAACAACAAUGAAAAUUCUACACUCUUUGGUGAAUUUUAUCAGACAUUGUAUGGAAACCGACUUUUCAACACUGUUUCCUACAGAGUGUUACCUUCACGAAAGGAAAUAGUUCUUUCACCAGUUCUUCUAAACAACAAUUUAGAUAUCAAGUAUCAUACAAUUCGGUUGAUGCUGCAAGAUGCAGUCAAGCGUAAUUGUGUUACCAUUCUUGAGUCCGCAAAUAAACAGGAUACGCUUAUAGUUGAUCUAAUUACAGAAGCGGGAUAUCUUGUUUCAAUGUCCAUAUCUCUCAACUGGUUUGUUGAAAGUGAGUUUGAAACUUCGAAGCAGCAGAUACAGCAUCUUUCAGAAUGGUACACCAGUUCAAGGCCCUUUGCUUUUGAUCUCAGAGGCACCUUUUUUAUGAAAUCUCUUGAUUCUAAAACAAAUGUUGUUUCACUGACAGACGGCAGUUUGUUUCUCACAGUGAGGGAUGCAGCAAACCAAGAUUUGAAAAUAAUACCGAUGGCCUCCGUGUCGUACUUGGAUAAAUUCAAAGAGAGAUUUUUUGGCAAAGGUCAGAGUAUCAUUCCAGAUCAUCUCAAAGUGGGUGAAAUUGAUGUUUCAACCAAUUCUGUGCUUGAUGCGGUGGUCAUUGCUAAUUUGCAUUGUGUUGUAACCAUUUCCAUCAACAAGAAUUUACAAAUAUGGUCUCUAAACACUGGUAAACUUUUGAUGAAGCAAUCUUUUUCACAAUACUUACCUGGCGAAUCGAGUUCGCUGCUAUUUAGUGAAUAUCCUCCAAAGCAAAUUAUAAAAAGCUUGGGUACAGACACAAUCUCUAUAGUUGGUCCGGCAACUGUGCGGAAAUUGUACAUUUUUAAAAUCAACCCAGAUUACACACUUGAUCUGCUCAAAGAGAUUGCAUUACCAUUUUCUGGUUCUAAAUGGCUUUAUCACAGUUAUGAAAUCGUGGACAGAUCUGGCCAAUUGAGGUUGUGGAUUCUGUGGUGUCUUGGUGAUAAUUACUUGCUUCAACAUGGAAAAAUAGCAGAUGGCAUAGAUGAUGAAUGGUCCGAAUCUUUGACCAUCCGUGCAACACAGUCACUUUUGCAACAAGACUUUGAAGCACAAGUUUCAAACGCAUCUACGAUCGAAAAGCUUAAUAACGUUGGCUUACUUGCAUUAUUUAACGGUGUUCCGUAUGAUGCUUAUACAAUUAAGCGUGCAUUGACCAUAUUCAGUCGUUAUUUCAAGGUAGAUGACUCGACAACAUCGCUAAAAGAAGCAGUUCUUAAAACAGUGAAUAUGAAUGGCAAGCUUGAAGAGUCCAAGGUUCAAUGGAUACGUUUCAAAAACGUCUGUGAAGACAUUGCUAAAUCGGACAGAAGCUUGGUUUCAUUACUAUUGGAUCAGAGUCUCGAUGAGGAUGACAGUUUUGUGUAUCUUAUGAAAGUUCGCGGUGUCAGUAUUAUUAAGAAAAACUCACUUCUAGGAUCUCUCAGUACCGGCUCUGCAUCGGUUUCCGAAAGUAUGAGAAAUGCUUUGCAGGUUGAAGACACAAGUUACAGUGUUGCACUUUCUUUGGCGAAGCUCUUAAAGCAGUAUGAGAACAAAUUCGGGUCUCCGGGGCUCUUGGAAAUAUACGGAAAGCUUGAUAUCGCAGAUGAUGUCAACAUACCGAAGCUUAUGGAGUCGAUAUUCGGUGAGGUUGUGUCAAAGUGUAUCACAAAGCAGGCAAUACAACAAUUGUUAGAAAACUUGAACUCUAUUCCGGAUGCAUUAAACGUCAUACAAUUCCUUUUGCGCCUCAUAACUUUCAAUCCUCUUGAUUAUGAGCCGGCCAAGAAUGUUUCAUGGAGUGAUUGCGGACGCUUUUUACUUGCAUCAGAAGGAAGGAUAAAUGCUGGAUUUGCGAAACGGAUGGCAUUCGAAUUGAUGCUAGUUUUGGUGACAGUUGACAUUUGCGAUCCUGCAAUUGAGCUUUUUGAGAGCUCAUUUAAACUAUACAAGCACACUAAAUUUGUGCUUUCAAGCUUUUCGUUGUCUUUGAACGAUACUGAAAAGUUAGUAACUGAGAAACCAACCGAUCCUUCAAAUGCUAUACCGUUCAACUAUAUUGCAAAACGGUACGGCAAAGGUGCACUAAUCCGCAAUGGAAGUGUCAACUUGUUGAUGGCCAACAUAUUCAAGGAAAUACUGCAGGAUGAGUUUACUUUGUAUGUCGUCUCAUCUUUGCUGUCCUUAGAUGCGAAUGCUGCUACUUUGGAGUAUUUUGCCUCAUUUAUAGAUGUGGACUCCCCAGUUGGAAAGGUGUUGAAAGGAUUUGUACUUCUCAAACUUUGUUCCCCAACGUUGCAUCAGUAUUUUGUUGAUGCAGCAGAUGCCAUCACAGAGUAUAGUGAUAAGGUCACAGAGAAGGAGCAGUACUCAAUUAAGCCGAUUGAAUCGAAAGCGUCGCUUCUUUUAGUGGAUUCAAAGCCUAGCUACUUCUACAACUUGGGCCUAAUUUUGCAAUCGAAUGGCUCCGAUAAUGAGGCAUUGAGGUUCGUUUUGGAUGCCCUAGAAACUAAAAAUAAGCUACAGGAUGCAUCAGACGACUCAGAUAUCGUAUCCAAGAUCUUUGAGUUGGCACUAAAGCUUAACAACUUCCAGAUGGCCUACGAUGCGAUUCUCAAAAUGGAUAGAUCGAUCAGAGAGCAUCCAAUCAAGCAGUUUGUCUACAAACUGUUCCAGCAGAACGAGUUGCCAGCAGUUCUCAAGUAUCAGUUUAACGAGGACUUUGAUAUAGUUGAUGAUUUAAUUUACACUCUAGGCGAAACUAGUGCAGCAGGAGGGGAUUUGCAAAGUGCUUUAAAGUAUUACCGGACUUCUUAUGCUCUACGUUUGAAGGAGGGGGACUACCGAGCUGCUGCCGAGUCAUUAUACAGGUUCAACUGUAUAGCAUCCGACAAGCUGAAGAGAAAAGAGUACUCUGACGUUAAGUUGUUGGUUGAUAACUAUCUCAUAAUUUUCAACUUGUUGCACACGAUGAAAACUGAUGAUAGAUGGUUGAUCAAACGUCCGGUUGGAAUUCGAACCGAGGCUGUUGGCUCGAGAAAUGAUAUAUCGUUAGGAAGUAACGAUCAGAAUAAAAAAGCAAGCCAAUUGAUGACUUUUGACGCUCUUGAGAAUGAGUUUGAGCAAUUCAGCUCCGAUUAUGGUGAUGGCCGACAGAUUGUUGUGUAA